AUGGCGACGGCAGCUACGUUGAAGCCUUUGAACAACUCAGAUAUGAUUAGUGAAGCGAACACUGUGCAUGCCGUGAAUGACGGUUCACCUGAAGAAUCCAACCUAAAGUCUCAUCAGAAUGCCGAGAUUGCUUCAGAUUCUCAGCCUAAUGAAAAAUCAGCAAAUAUAGGAUUAUCAUCAGCAUCAUCUCCUUCCGCAGCAGUGUCUCCUAUUGAUUCAGAUGCUUCUAGUCCUUCUAGUCCUUCUAAUAGUAGUGCGAGGCCAUCGCAUACUGCUAAUGAAACUGAUGAUGCGGGAGGAGACGAGGAAGAGCUAGAGGGUCUCAAAGUCCCAUUCGCUCCUGGUGAUCAUAUCACUAGAUGGGAAAUGUUGCCAAUUGCCUGGCCCAUUCAAGUGCAUGGUAUUGUGCUGGAAGUCCAUGAUGACGCGGUAGUUUUGGUGGAUUUUGGUUUAGCAGCAGUGCCAAAGGGGAAGAAUAGCAAGAAGAACAAGAAAAAGGCUGCGGCCGAAGAGGAUACCGAAUCAAAUGUUGAAGAGAGUGAGAACUGUGAAGAAAGUGAAGCUAAGAAUGACAGCGGUCCCGAACCCAAGGCUGAGAAGAAGCAACAACAUCAACAUGUUAAGAACGCAAUCGAGAACUUUCACAAGGGCUUCAAGAAGGAACGCAACCGAUUAAAUGUUCAGACAUUGACAACUCAAAAAGAAAUAUCCAAGUGGUCCAAGGUCAAUUACGAUGGAGGCCUGUUUGGAUUUGGAACCAAGGAAAAUGGUGAAGAGGGCAAGGGAGAUACGAACGACGAGGAAGCCGAGGAAGGAAAGUUGUCGACUGACAACGAAUCUCCUCGAAAAGAAAGUAGGGACGGUUGGUGGCGAAAUUGGAAGAAAGCGCAGGAAAAGAAGAAAGCUGAAAGAGAAGAACUCAGGAAGCAAAAGACUGCGGAUGAUGCUGCCAAGUCGGCGAGUUCCAGCAACGAUACCAUUGCCUCGAGUACAUCAAGGAGUAACAGCAUAGUUGAAAUCGAGUCUGCAGAUUCUUCGAGUACACCAACAAAUGUAUCUGGUUGCGGGGGUAUGGAUGCAACACCAUGGUGGUGUCGCGUUUCUAUGCAACGGGGAAAACGACGACAGUCUACUGAUGGAAAAGUCACUAACGCUAUGAUGGAAGCUUCUAAGAAUGGCAACUUGGUACAAGCGUAUAAGAAUACGAAUGAAGACGAUGGCGAUUUUCUGCUGGAACUUGAGAAACGGCAAAUGCGAAGGAGUCUUCAAAAGGAGCACGACGACUACAUGGCGAAAGGUUUUGGUGCGGGUCCAGCUACUGAAAGCGGUUCGCCAGCAACAACAACCAAAGAAAACGUCACAGAUGCUGACAAUGCCAAAGGCGACACUUUUGAGGAAGAAAAGAAAGAUGACCAUGAAUUUGUGCAUGAAUCAUCAUCUGCCCCAAAAGGCAAGGAAUCUCAUCUUUCCGUCAUUACUGAUGAAGCUGAAGUCUCGCAAACAGAGGCCCCAAGCCCGAAGAGUUCCGAAGGUAGUCCAACAUCUGGGAGUCCUCAACUUAGUCCUUCUACCAACGCCGAAUCGGAAUUGGAAUCCAAUCCGGAUUUCGAAUUGUCGACGAAGUCCGAGUCCUGCACCUCUCCCAAGAAGGCCAAACAUGAAUCGAAAGCCGAUCCUCCAGUUGUGGUCUUGGCACGCACGCGAUGGCUACUCAAGCAUGGCGAAGGUAUCCUUCCUCCGUAUCAUGCAUUUUCUAGCAACUCGGAAUGCAUGGCUGUAUUCUGCAAAACUGGAUACUGGAGUACAUUGCAAGCGGAUAUCUUUUUGCAUUCGACUGCUAUUGGAAACGCCAAGUCUACCGUCGUGAUGACUUUGGGAAUGGCUGCUUCAGUUCCCAUGUUGGCCCCAGUUGUCGGAGCAGUAGGAUUGGGUGCAGUUGUGGCGCCAUGGUUCUAUUUGGACAAGCAUAAGAAGGCCUCAAAAGAAAUUGGACAAAGAUUGGGGGAUCAGUUUUGGGCCCAAGCGGAACCCGAAGUAAUUGUGGCCUGCGUUCAAGAAUGGUCCAAUCUGGAAUCAUCCGCAUGA